AUGGCGACAGCGUGGGUCCUGGUGCUGGUGACCUUGUUGCUGGGCUUGACUGGAGCGGGCUCUGUCCCUACUUCCAAACCCACGUCAACCAGGAGGGGCUGCCUCAUAAGCAGGUUCCAGUCUCUGUCGCCGAGGGAGCUGGAAGCCAUCAGGAAGGCCAAGGAUGCCCUAGAAGAGGCACUCUUGCUGAAGACCUGGAGCUGUGGCUCUCACCUCUUCCCUCAGGCCAGGGACCUGAGACUGCUGCAGGCCUGGGAGCGCCCCGUGGCCUUGGAGGCCGAGCUAGCCUUGACGCUGAAGGUCCUGGGGACCAUGGCUGACUCGUCCCUGGGGGUCGUCCUGGACCAGCCCCUCCGCCUGCUGCGCCACGUGCACUCGGAGCUCCAGGCUUGUGUCCCGGCUCUGCCCACAGCAGGACCCAGAGCCCGGGGCCUCCUCCACCACUGGCUGCACCGGCUCCAGAAGGCCCCAAAGGAGUCCCAGGCCUGCCUCGAGGCCUCCGUCACGUUCAACCUCUUGCGCCUCCUCAAACGGGACCUGAAAUGUGUUGCCAGCGGAGACAUGUGCGUCUAA